ACCUCCUGGUUGGCGCCUUCGGGGCGGACGCGGCCGUGGUUUACAGGGGCCGCCCCAUCGUCCACGCCAGCGCCACCCUGGCCAUUGUCCCCUCCAUGUUCAACCCCGAGGAGCGCGGCUGCGUCCUGGGCAGCGGCCACCACGUGUCCUGCAUCAAUGUCACCUUCUGCCUCAACGCCUCCGGACGUCACCUGCCCGGGCCCAUCGGGCUGGCGCUGGAGCUGAGCGUGGACGGGGCCAAGGCGGGGGGGGCGCGGCGCGCGCUGUUCCUGGGGGGGGGCCCGGGGGGGGCGCCCCCCUCCCCCACCCGCAACCUGUCCCUGGAGGUCCCCAACGGGGGGACCCCGCGCUGCCGCACGCUGCCCGUGUUCCUCAGGAACGAGUCCGAGUUCCGGGACAAGCUGUCCCCCAUCCCGCUGUCCCUGAGCCUGGCCCUGGACCCGGCCGCGUCCCCUCCCCCGCCGGGGCUGUCCCCGCUGCUGUCCCCGGCCACGCGCACGCGCCUGGAGGCCAAGGCCCACAUCCAGCUGGACUGCGAGGACAACGUCUGUGUGCCCGACCUGCAGCUCGAGGCCAGCGCGGACCGCCGGGCCGUGUUCCUGGGGGACAGGAACAGCCUGAACGUGACGUUCCAGGCGCGGAGUGGGCGAGGGGGGGGCCUACGAGGCCGAGCUGCACGUGCGGCCCCCCCCGGGCGCGCUCUACUCGGGGGUCCUGCGGCCCCACGGGGGGUGUCCCCAGUCUGGGAGGGGGUCCCUGGGGGUGUCCCCAAGGUGGGUGGGGUUCCCCUGGGGGUGUCCCCAAGCAAGAACGCCAACAACUCCCAGAGCGCCCUGGUGCCGGUGGCGCUGGCCGUGAGGGCGGCCACCAGGGUGUCCGUGCUGGGGGUGUCCCGGCCCGACGUUGUCACCAUCCCCGAGGGGGGGUGGGGACCCGACCCCCCCCAGCGGCUGCAGGACCUGGGGCCACCCGUGGAGCACGUCUACGAGGUGGUGAACGAGGGUCCCAGCGCCAUCAGCCAGGGCACGCUGGAGCUCAGCUGUCCCCUGGGCCACCGCGGCCACCCCCUGCUCUACGUCACCGGCCACGAGGGGCUGCCCAACUGCUCGGCCAGCCACGGCACGGACCCGCUGCGCCUGGGCUGUCCCGAGGCCGAGUGUUUCCGGCUCAGCUGUCCCUCGGGGCCGCUGGAGCGGCAGCAGCGCGUCACCCUGCGGCUCGGCUUCCGCCCGCGGAGCCCCCCCCCGCGCCAGCGGGAGCUGUGGCCGCUGUCCCUGCGCUGUGACGCCGAGUUCCGCGUGCUGCGGCUGCCGUACCGCGUGCGGCCCGAGAGCUACCCGCGCCACCGCCUGCAGGUGACACCGGGGACACCGGGGUGACACCGGGGACAGGGGGACAUGGGGGGGACAUGGGGGGGACAGGGGGGGCCCGGGGGGGCGGGGGGGGGGCGCGGGGGGGCCCGGGGGGGUGUCGGGGUCCCCCUGACCCCCCUGUCCCCUGUCCCCCCUGUCCCCCUGUCCCCCCAGCUGGGUUUCUUCAAGCGCUCGGGGCCCUACGGCACCGCCAUGGAGAAGGCGCAGCUCAAACCCCAGGCGGCCUCCGAGGCCUGAGGUGACAGGGACAGCCCGGGCUGGGGACACCCCGGGACUGGGGACACCCCCGGGCUGGGGACAUCCCAUGGCCUGGGGACACCCCAAAGCUUGGGGACACCCCAGAGCUUGGGGACACCCCAGG